UUGUAUUGAGCCAAUUAACGAAAACUUUACUGGCGGGGGAACGGGCGGCGAGUGUGGGUGUAGUGAAAGCAAACAAAAGGAAUUGUGGACAUCUCGAGAGAGAGAGUAGCUGGGGAAGUAUUUGCGGUCGUGUCGCCCACGUGUUCGGCUUGCACACACACGGGGCUGUUUGCCUUUCUGGCUGGGAAGAAAGAUGUCGCUGGGUCAUCGUGUGUUCAUUUUGAGCCACGGCCUAGGUAGAAACACGAGUUAAUGAUUGGGGAUCACGCACAACGCGCUAAUGCACUGCUACACAGUAUGUGAUGUAGGGUGUAGUGGAGCUAUCGGCACUGCUACACAGUAUGUGAUGUAGGGUGUAGUGGAGCUAUCUGCACUGCUACACAGUAUGUGAUGUAGGGUGUAGUGGAGCUAUCGGCACUGCUACACAGUAUGUGAUGUAGGGUGUAGUGGAUCUAUCUGCACUGCUACACAGUAUGUGAUGUAGGGUGUAGUGGAGCUAUCGGCACUGCUACACAGUAUGUGAUGUAGGGUGUAGUGGAGCUAUCGCCAUCAUCGCGCCGACAACGCCGAGUUGAACUGCAUCUGGAGCAGCUUCAGCGUGUGAAAACCCCAGUAAAUGGCAAAUGUCAACCGGUUGAGGGAGAAUCUUCCUGGCUUCGUGGAGGCCCUGAGGACGUGCGUCGAUCCUGUCCUCGAUGUCCUGCUGGCGAGGGGAGCGCUGGUGGAGGAUGACGUCCAUCGCGUGCGCGCCGGGAAGGUUCCGGAUGACAAGGCGCGAGAGCUCCUGGCGAGGCUACGUGGCAGGGGCGAGGAGAGCUGCGAAAUAUUCCUCCGAGUCAUGGACGGUCAGGAGUAUGCUUCGCAGACCGCGCGGAGCCCCCAACGGCAGAGGCAUCGGGAGUGUCUGAAGAAAAGGCACAAGGUUGUGCAUGAAUACGGGGUGUCCGGGCAAAGCGGCAAGAUGGUCUGCUCUCAUUACGUGCCGACGACCAUCGUCGCCAGCAGAAAAGUGACGGACAGGCCCAGCAACGAGGUGCUGGACAACAUCGAGAGGUACCAGUCGCUCUCCAACGAAGACGGUUCCUUCACGCACGUGUUGGAGAACGAGCGGAUUUUCUUGGACGUGGCGGGUCAAGCGCCCCGGCUUGUGCUCGUGCUGGGCAUCGCCGGGGUGGGGAAGUCCACGUUUCUCCAGAAGAUCAUAUGCGACUGGGCAGACGAGGUGGCCUUCCUGCAGUUUCACACCAUCUUGCAUUUCACCUUCAAGCUGCUGAAUCAGGAGGAGCUGGAACGAGAGAUGAGCUUGCACGACCUGGUCGUCAAACACUACAGCCACCUGAAGGAUGAGUUAGAGAAGAUGCUUAAGGACGAGCAGGAAGGUCUGCUCGUCAUAUUCGAUGGUCUGGACGAAAGCAAGCUCAGCCUGAAUUUUGAGACGACUCCGAUAUGCACCGAUGUGCUUCGCCCCCAGAGUCUGCCCCACAUGCUCGUGAAUAUCCUUCGGGGAAGCCUGCUUGAAAAUGCGACGGUUAUGGUGACCUCCAGACCAGCUGCUUGUGGGACAAUACCUGAAGACAAGGUGCAGCUUUUUGUUGAAAUUUUGGGGUUUUCAAACGAGCAGAGGAAAGAGUACUUUUUAAAACACUGCGGAGAAGAGGAAAAAGCCAAGAAUGUCCAACGAUAUAUCAACAUGAAUAAACCCCUUUUAUUGAUGUGUCACAUUCCAGCAUUUUGCUGGAUAGUCACUCACUCUUUGAAGGAUAUGCUGCCACAGGCACAAAGCGAUCCAAGCAAUGGCCCGCAGACCAUGACCGAGAUAUAUUCCACCUUCCUAAAACUCAUCAUCUCCUAUCACGGCACAGAGGACACACGGAGCGUUCGCGUCCUGUGCAGGGACCUGACGAAGUACCGCGAGUGGAUUCUCAAUUUGGGGAAGGUCAGCUUUCUUGGAAUGCUCUCUCAAAGCUACGAGUUUACCGACGAGUUCCUGCGAGCCAACGGCGUGGUGCUGUCCAACGUCCCCAGCAUGUUCCUGCGUGAAUUCCUGAAGCAGGAGAACAUGUCGUGCAGGCAGGUGUUCCACUUCACUCACCUCACGCUGCAGGAGUAUUUGGCCGCGCUGUACUUCGUCGUCGCGGUACUCCCGUCCUGCCGGCUGUAUUUCGGCGAGGAGUACGGCCCGGCGGCUAGGAUGGCAGCCCGGGGCAGGGCGUGGGUCGGCAGGCUCUUCAACCGGCAGAGGCACCUCCGGAGGCAGUUCUUGUGCGCCGUCAGGGCGUCGCAAGAACGCUCGGGCAAAGGACACCUUGACAUGUUCUGCCGCUUCGCAGCGGGACUCCUGUCGGAGCGAACGCAGCAGCUGCUGCCGGGGCUGUUGGGCGAGCGGAGCAGCCCCGACGCAGGCGCCGUGGCGGCCGAACUGGAGGUGAUGGUGACCCACGGUGAGCUCCCACCGGAGCAGUCGAUCAACGUCCUGUACUGCCUGCAGGAACUGCGCAUCACCAGCAUUGUGGAGCCGGUGAAGAAGCUGCUGCACGGAAGGGGAAAGGCCAAAACAUUGCGCCCGUGUGACUACACGGCGCUAGCCUUUCUGCUGCAGCUGGAGCUGACGACGUCCUCCCGGCAAGAGCUGCCGCUCUGGCUCGAGGGUUGCGACCUGAACCACGAAGGCCUCCGACGCCUCCUCCCCAUCCUUCCGCUCUACUCCAAGAUGUGCUUCAGCAACAACAAACUGGGGGAGAAGGGAGCAGAGGUGAUUGCUGAAGCCCUACGUAGCGAGGAUUGUCGGAUAAAGGCUCUCUACAUUACUCACAACAAUGUCGGUGCUGAGGGAGCCAGACAUGUGGCAGAGGCCCUGAUGGUGAACACGAGCUUGGAUGACCUCAGGUUCGCCUGUAACAAAAUCGGUGCGGAGGGAGCACGCUACAUCGGAGAGAUGCUGAAGGUCAACACAACUUUAACCAACUUGAGGUUGAGAGACAAUCAUAUGUGCGACGAGGGAGGAAGCUAUAUCGUCGAAGGUCUUCGGCUCAACACAGGAAUGAAGGAGAUCUGGCUGUAUGAUAACAACUUCACUAAAACAACCAAAGAUAUGCUGAAAGACUUGAAGGAGGAGAAGGCCGACCUACAGAUAUACUUAGAAGGAUUUUGAAAAUCAGCGUUUUAUUAUGAUCAUCAUCGGCCAUUUCCGCUCCGUUGCUGCAUAUAGAGAGGUGUGCAGUUUAGUCAACGUCGACAGAGGCGAUUGAUUUUAUGAAGCUCAACAUUGAUUGUACCUUCACAGAUACGUCGGUGAGCAGCUUUGGAAUCGGUGAUUACAUUGAGGAUGCAAGGAGAGUACGUGUAGAAUUAGUUGCACCCUCUGGGGUUUCUUCAAUAUGACUCUUAAUCUACACCAGAUGGUGCAGUGGCUGGAACAAUGUGACCCACAACUCAAAGAAUACUGGGUUUAAAUACAAGCCAAGGUGGUCGCUUGUUUCCUCAGGUAAUGAGUAAAGCACCGUCUCCUUUUGGAAUGGUCACGGUCAGCAGUACAUCACUAAAUGCUGGAAAAAUUAUGCUGAAAGAUAUUUGUCAAAGCAUAUCUACACCAGGUGGCAUGCCUUGUGAAGUCUCUUCAUCCAGUACUGCUUUUGUCCACCCAAAAUGUUAAAGCAUACACCGCAGUAUAUUGUAGACCACUCGUCGUGGUGGAGUGCUGUGUGGGUACCUGACCUUUUCCUACCUGUUUGGCCGGUAUUCAAAAUUGGACCAAAUUACUUGAUAAUAAGUGGAAUUUGGAGGCCAUCCACCUUCAAGUGUCAAAGUUAAUUUCGUUUAGCCACCUGAUAACUCAUUUGCAAGAGUGUUACGGUCGCCAAAAUGACAAAAACAACAAGAAAUCCAAACCGAAAACAACCAUCACAUGGGAAAUCAAACAUAUUGCACGAACAUGACUCUCUGUUAAAUAAAAGUUAAAUAUAAAAUUCCCUUCAAAAAAUGAAGUUACAGGUGACUUUAAAUUUCGAUUUACAGGUGACCGUGGCACUAAUAUGUAAAUAGACAAGAAUAUGAAAUGCCAUUCCGAGUGAAGUUAUCAACGUGUGGUGGCAUUGUGAGCGGGGCAGACUUUUUACAGAACAAUGGGGUCAAGAGGUCAACACAGCCAAUUGCGUUGAAGCCAUUACCCCUCACCAUUGCUGCCUUGUGCUGGAUCGCACGGCCGUUUGCCUUGUGUGAAGCACUCCAAUGCCUUUUUGCUAUGAAAGAAGUUUCGUCUUGACGGCCAUGGCUUUCUGUUACUACUGCGGGGUGACCCCAAGUGAAUUGCGGUUUGACCCUUUUCAAGUCCGUGUUGCGUUUUCUUUCGUCUCACGCAAUAAUUCCAAGUGCAGCAUUGCAAUUUGAACGUCAAAUCUGUACUACAUAUUUGGUGUGUACAGGAUAGACUUAAAAACAUGUUUUUAUGAAAAAAAAUCUGCGCAAAUAUAAUGGCAGCUCCUCGUGGGCAACUGCCAUGGCAAGUUGCAAUCGGAUCAGAUGCAGAGGUCACGUGACUACUCGAUGGCUCGCCCUCUUAAAAAAAAUGGCUUUUAAGUCUGAAUGCGAGGCAGUAGUUUGGCUUAUUCAUAUUUUUUUACUUGUGCGAUUGUAUGAAGAUGGUGGUGUGGUGAGUUGGUCUGAUGGGCCAUGAUGGGCCUCUUGAGUCAUGUGAACUGCAGAUGAUUUCACUCUAUAGGACCAGUCAUUGUUAAACAAACACCACCAAGUUGCCAUAGCUCAUGGUUGAUGCCGGAACACGAUUGCCCUAAAAUUGUACGAGUGGAUCAUGGCAUUAAGCCACGAGCAUGUGAUGAAUAAGAAUACGACCUAUAACAAUUCGCUCAAUGAAACGAAGACAUUAACUUCAUCCAGUUUAUUUAAGACCUAUGGGUCGGUGCACGUUGCCUCGCUAACACCACGCACCAUUUUUAGAGGAGAUUUACAACUCUAUGUAAAUCCCAAAGGUUCCCCCAACUUCCAACGAAACGGCUUGUUUCUAUGGAUCCUUGGAGUAACGGGAGAAACAUGCCACGCCGUCCCCAACUGCUCCCGUCUGACAUACAAGGCCCAUUUUAAUCGUGUAUCUACUUACAUUAUUUUGAGGUAUCUGAAAUAAAUGUCUGUUUACUUGAAGAGCAAUGAGCAAUAUAUAUCCUUCAAUGUUUUAUUUUCUGAAUAGAUCUCGGUGGAUAUGCAAAUUUCCUUGCCAGCAGGAAGUAUGAAUUCAGUUCCUGUUUACUUGAACACGUGUCAGAGGUGGCGCCACAACCUCAGUACUGAACGCGGAAAUAUUUGUCUUGUGAUACUGUAUCUUAUUUACUAAUUGGUCUGUGCACAGAAUCUUUGAUUUAAAGCAGUAUUCAUGCAUUCAGCUAUUUGUAUAUUUCUUUACAAUUAUCUGUGUUUUUUAUGACUGAACCUUGGAGCAUUUGAGCCAUCGUAUUUGUUAUAUAUCAUCGUCCUGUUAAUUACAUUAUUUCUUAGUCCUAUAAUUGUUGAGUUGUCUUGUUUUUAGCAAACACUGGUUAUACGACUGAACUUGGAGGAAUUACAGCCAUCUUAUCACCGUUUGCUAUAUAUUGUCAGCAAGACAGGUGGAAGUAAAGCUUGCAAUCUUAAUGAUAAAGCAUUAAAUACAGUCA